AUGCCGAUGUUGGUGGCGCAGAUCGUAGGCGAUUUUGUCGAUGGGGAAGGGAACGUGCUGAGCGACCCGGAGAUGGAGCCUCCGGAGGAGGGAUCGAACCACCCGGCGGUUUUUCCUUACCGGACGGUGGGGUUCGAGGUCUACGCGAUGGACACUGGUCGGAGGAACUGGGUGAGGACGGCGAAUUUGGGCGGCGACGGCGGGGAGCAGGGGAGGGCUCUGUUUUUGGGCGGGAAUCACUCUGUCUCUGUCCCCGCCGGCGGCGAGGUUGCGGCGGACUGCAUUUACUACACGGACGACUACUGGGCGCGGAUGGAUGAGGAUUACAUGUACGGAGGGCACCAUAACAAGGUCGAGAAGAGGUCAUCGAUGCUGUUGUACUAUGCACUCAAAAUGUCAUCGACCUUGGUUCCAUAA